AUGUGUAUGGGUAUGUGUAUAAGUAUGCCUGCUGGUGCCUCUAAGGCUGUGAUGUGUAUGGGUAUGUGUAUGAGUAUGCCUGCUGGUGCCUCUAAUGCUGUGAUGUGUAUGGGUAUGUGUAUGAGUAUGCCUGCCGGUGUCUCUAAGGCUGUGAUGUGUAUGGGUAUGUGUAUGAGUAUGCCUGUCGGUGCCUCUAACGCUGUGAUGUGUAUGGGUAUGUGUAUGAGUAUGCCUGCUGGUGCCUCUAAGGCUGUGAUGUGUAUGGGUAUGUGUAUGAGUAUGCCUGCUGGUGCCUCUAACGCUGUGAUGUGUAUGGGUAUGUGUAUGAGUAUGCCUGCUGGUGCCUCUAAGGCUGUGAUGUGUAUGGGUAUGUGUAUGCCUGCCGGUGCCUCUAACGCUGUGAUGUGUAUGAGUAUGCCUGCCGGUGCCUCUAAGGCUGUGAUGUGUAUGGGUAUGUGUAUGAGUAUGCCUGUCGGUGCCUCUAACGCUGUGAUGUGUAUGAGUAUGCCUGCUGGUGCCUCUAAGGUUGUGAUGUGUAUGGGUAUGUGUAUGAGUAUGCCUGUCGGUGCCUCUAACGCUGUGAUGUGUAUGGGUAUGUGUAUGAGUAUGCCUGUCGGUGCCUCUAACGCUGUGAUGUGUAUGGGUAUGUGUAUGAGUAUGCCUGCUGGUGCCUCUAAGGCUGUGAUGUGUAUGGGUAUGUGUAUGAGUAUGCCUGUCGGUGCCUCUAAGGCUGUGAUGUGUAUGAGUAUGUGAAUGAGUAUGCCUGUCGGUGCCUCUAACGCUGUGAUGUGUAUCUGUAUGAGUAUGCCUGUCGGUGCCUCAAAGGCUGUGAUAUGUAUGUGUAUGAGUAUGCCUGUUGGUGCCUCUAAUGCUGUGAUGUGUAUGGGUAUGUAUGAGUAUGCCUGCUGGUGCCUCGAAGGCUGUGAUGUGUAUGGGUAUGUGUAUGAGUAUGCCUGUCGGUGCCUCUAACGCUGUGAUGUGUAUGGGUAUGUGUAUGAGUAUGCCUGCUGGUGCCUCUAAUGCUGUGAUGUGUAUGGGUAUGUGUAUGAGUAUGCCUGCUGGUGCCUCUAAGGCUGUGAUGUGUAUGGGUAUGUGUAUGAGUAUGCCUGUCGGUGCCUCUAACGCUGUGAUGUGUAUGGGUAUGUGUAUGAGUAUGCCUGUCGGUGCCUCUAACGCUGUGAUGUGUAUGGGUAUGUGUAUGAGUAUGCCUGUCGGUGCCUCUAACGCUGUGAUGUGUAUGGGUAUGUGUAUGAGUAUGCCUGUCGGUGCCUCUAACGCUGUGAUGUGUAUGGGUAUGUGUAUGAGUAUGCCUGCUGGUGCCUCUAAUGCUGUGAUGUGUAUGGGUAUGUGUAUGAGUAUGCCUGCCGGUGCCUCUAACGCUGUGAUGUGUAUGGGUAUGUGUAUGAGUAUGCCUGUCGGUGCCUCUAACGCUGUGAUGUGUAUGGAUAUGUAUAUGAGUAUGCCUGCCGGUGCCUCUAAGGCUGUGAUGUGUAUGGGUAUGUGUAUGAGUAUGCCUGCCGGUGCCUCUAAGGCUGUGAUGUGUAUGGGUAUGUGUAUGAGUAUGCCUGUCGGUGCCUCUAACGCUGUGAUGUGUAUGAGUAUGCCUGCUGGUGCCUCUAAGGCUGUGAUGUGUAUGGGUAUGUGUAUGAGAAUGCCUGCUGGUGCCUCUAAGGCUGUGAUGUGUAUGGGUAUGUGUAUGAGUAUGCAUGUCGGUGCCUCUAAGGCUGUGAUGUGUAUGGGUAUGUGUAUGAGUAGGCAUGUCGGUGCCUCUAAGGCUGUGAUGUGUAUGGGUAUGUGUAUGAGUAUGCCUGCUGGUGCCUCUAAGGCUGUGAUGUGUAUGGGUAUGUGUAUGAGAAUGCCUGUGAUGGAAAAGUCACCGGUUCAAAUCCAAUCCUCGUUAGUCACAUCUGUGUUGGGCCCUUGAGCAAAGGCCUUAAGCCCCCAAAAAGCUCCAGGGGCGCCGGACAAACGGUGCAGCCCUGCCAUAAGUUUCAUUUUCAGCCACAUGUGUGUGUCUCAAAGGAGAGUAAGAUGGGAUAUGUGAAAAUGAAAGAAAUCCAAUGUGCUGUAGCGAAUGACAAAUUAAGCAUCAUUUCAUUUUAAGUGUCCUUUUUCGUUUGAGAACUGAACAGGUUUUCACUGAAACUAAACGGAUGUGACAGUGUUUUGGGUGGAGGCAGCCUCACAGUAAACAUGUGGCCGGGCUUUAUAAGGCCGGGGAAUCAAUGUGCUGUUAUUUGUGUGCUAUAUUACAGUCGGCCUUGAGAAUAUUUGAACUAGAAAGUGCUGUUUGAUGUUACUGCGCCUUGCCUUUAGAUGAAUUUCAUUGCUGAAUGAACGUGAAUAAAUCAAAAACAUUCUUUGGGAGGAUUAUUUUGGAGGUUUACUGAAUUGUGGUCUGACCAGCUAUUAUACAGGAAUAAUAGCUGGCCAUAAGUGGAAAUUAGCGGGAGAACAUAAAAUUCAAAAUGAAUUUGAGGAAGCACUUCUUUAC